UCCGGGUCGUUUGUGUGUGUGUGUGUGUGUGUGUGAGCGGACUCUGAAUCAACCGCAUCUAUUGUCGGGACGGGACUCUGGCGCUGGCCGCUCCGGUUCGUCUUCGGUCGGUGGUGCGAAGGAGAAGAUGGAGUUUUUAAUCGGAAACCUUUUCAGCACGCCGAUUGGCACUCGGAUUGAGCUCGCCACCAGCUCCAGCCUGCAGUCGGAGGACUGGGCCCUCACCAUGGAGAUCUGCGACCUGGUCAACGGCUCGGAGGAGGGGCCCAGAGACGCAGUCAAAGCAGUAAGGAGACGGAUUGUGGGCAACAAGAACUUUAAGGAGGUUAUGUACACACUGUCGGUCCUGGAGGCCUGUGUGAAGAACUGCGGCCACAGGUUCCACGUGCUGGUGUCCACGCGGGAGUUUAUCGAGGCCGUCCUGGUCCGGGCCAUCAUCCCCAGGAACAACCCCCCGCUGGUUCUGCACGACCGCGUGCUCAGCCUGAUCCAGGCGUGGGCCGAUGCGUUCCGCAGCUCCCCCGACCUGACCGGGGUGGUGUCGGUCUACGAGGACCUGCGGAGGAAAGGCCUCGACUUCCCCGUGGUGCAGCUCGACGGGAACUCAACCAGCAACCCCGCGGCGCGCAAGAGCUUGCCUGUGAACGGGGCUCUGUCCAUCCCCCCCCACCGGCCCCCCUCCCAGCAGGAUCACCGUGUCUUCAGCCCCGACCAGGUGAAGAAGCUGAAGGCGGACAUGGGGGGGGUGCAGAGCGACCUCACCAUCAUGGCCGACAUGAUGAGUCAGCUGGACCCCGUCACCGCCGCGCACACAGACGUGGAGAGGCUUCAGCAGCUGUACCUGGUCUGCAAGGCGAUGCAGGACCGCAUCCUGGAGAUGGUCCCUCGUCUCAGCGAGGAGCAGCUGAUCGAGGAGCUGCUGGUGGUAAACGAUGAGAUGAACACCACCUUCGCCCGCUAUCAGAGGUUUGAAAGACAAAUGACCAACGGGGAAAGCACAACGCCAAAGACCCCCACUUAUGUCAACUUGACUGAACUGGGGCUGGCCAGCAACUCUGUCGACCAAUCAGACGUCUUUAACCAAUUCCCAGUUGAGGCUGUGUCCAGCCAGUUUGUUAACCUGAGUACCCGGGAAUCUGACUCGGAUGCAGAUUUUCCUCAAACAAACUCUGAAUCUCAUCUCAGAGGAAGUGAGCCGGGGGGAGAUGCUGUCCAGGGCGUGGCCAGCGCCCAUGCUCACUGCAUCCAGACUCAUGGAAUGAUUCCUCUCAACCAAUCGAACAUGAUGGACGACGUUGAGAAAUGGCUGGAUUACGAUGACGAGAAUGCUGACUUUGACGACUCGGAGGGCGUGACCAGUGCAGAGUUUGACAGGUUCCUGGCCGGCAGGGCCCAGGCUGCCGAGCGCCUGCCCUCGCUGCGGACCCCCUCCCUGGACCACAGCCCCCCCGGGACCUGCAGCCAAGACCCCCCCCACCUGGACCCCCUCUGA